ACAAGGAGAAGAUCACAGUCAUGUUAGAUAUACGGCCAAACCACACCAUUUAUGUCAACAACCUCAAUGAAAAGGUUAAAAAGGAAGAACUCAAAAGAUCGCUCUAUGCAAUAUUCUCACAGUUUGGGCAAAUUCUAGACAUUGUUGCCUUAAAAACGUUGAAAAUGCGGGGCCAAGCUUUUGUCAUCUUUAAAGAAAUCCAGAGCGCUACGAAUGCAAUGAGAGCCAUGCAGGGAUUCCCCUUCUAUGAUAAGCCAAUGAAAAUUGCAUACGCAAAAACAGAUUCAGAUUUGAUUGCAAAACAGAAAGGUACAUACAAAGAGCGUGGAAGCAAGCGCAAGGAGGAAGACAAGAAAAAGAAGAAGGGGAAAGAAGCAAAGGGAGCGACUGCAGUUCCUGCAGGGGCAGCUGCUGCCGCCAAAGCAGGAGCAGGGGCAGGUGUGGUGCCACCAAGACCAGGCCUUUUCAACCAGCCUCCUCCUGUUCAUGGUGCAGGUGGCAUAGGUGUGCCAGAACAGCCUCCUAACCAAAUCCUCUUCCUCACCAACCUUCCAGAUGAAACCUCAGAAAUGAUGUUGUCUAUGCUCUUUACCCAAUUCCCUGGUUUCAAGGAAGUACGACUUGUACCUGGACGCCAUGACAUUGCCUUCGUGGAGUUUGAGAAUGAAAUGCAGUCUGCAGCUGCUAAGGAUGCGCUACAGGGCUUCAAAAUUACACCCACACAUGCUAUGAAAAUUGCAUUUGCAAAGAAGUAAAAAGACCAUGUACAACUCCCAAAUUAGAUGAACUUCACAAGUUAGAUAAAUCUUAUAAUUCCAGGGGGGGGGGCCAAAGGGGCUACAAACUAUUUCAUACCUGAUUAAGGAUGCUAUAAAGAAGCAUUGUUUUAAUGCCAAUAUUUGUAACCAUUAUUUUGGAUUUCAUAGUAGAUUCAUCAUAGUAUCCAUAGCAGAAGUUGCAAGCUAAAAUUAAAUUUUAUCGGACUUCAUUACUCUAAUUGCAUCCUUGUUGUCCAUGAGUAUACAAAAAUGUUUGAGAAAAUGUAAGUAUUCAACAGUUACUUGUACAUUUUUCUUUGUAUAAUCCUUUCCUUGUUGGAGGGGAACAUUGAGUCUGUCUGUAUUUUUUACAUUUUUCUUUAAGAAAGAUUGUUAAAUUGACUCGUAUGUCUUUUGUAUGUAAUCAGAAGCAGUCAGUGGAUAUUAAAUAAAUUAUAAAUAGACAA